AUGGGGACAUCAUUCGUCUUAACCAACCACAACCACAACAUCAACACGGGUAUGAUGAGGGUUUCCAACACAGAGAAGGCAGCGUGCAUACAUGGGAAUCCGGUUGGGAAGAUGAUGAUUAUCAAAAUCAGUAUGACGGGAGAUACGCAGAUUACAGAUACGAUGAGGGUCCCGCAGUUUAAUGCGGGAAGAGCUAAUAAUCGGUUUAGGGGCGAUCAGAUACAGUUUGUGGAUGGUGUCCCACAAGUCGUUCAAGGGGCACCAAUUCAAGGCGUUGAAGGUCACUGUCGACCAGUUGUAGUGCCUAACUCGUCGGCUAUAGUCACACCGGUUGGAAACAAUAACAGACCUUUCGAGAUGAGGCCUCAAUACUUAGGCCAUUUGCCGGAGUUUUAUGGAAAAAGGACCGAAGAACCAUACUUGCAUAUUGCGAGUUUUGAUUCGAUUUGCCAUACAAUUGGGGUUUCGGGGUUUACAAAGGAUGAAGUUAAGUUGAUGUUGUUCCAGUUCACCUUGAAAGACAAAGCUCGACAGUGGUUCGCGACAUUACCUCCAGGUAGUAUAUACACUUGGCAAGAGAUGCAGCUGGUGUUUUUGGAGGAAUACUACACCAUGAAUAGAACUAGUGAAGCUCGGGAUGCAAUCAGAGCAUUCCAGCAACAUUCAGGGGAAGCAUUCCAUGAGGCGUUCACAAGGUUUAAGGAGUUGCUUAGGAAAUGCCCCCAUCAUAGCAUUCAGACAUGGGAAUUGAUUAAAGCGUUCUAUGAUGGGCUACUUCCUGAUGAUGUAAGAGAUCUCAUAGCCAUCAGCAAUGGUACGUUUCUCACAAAUACAGAAGCUGCGGAUUGGGCAUAUUUGGAUAGACAAAGUGCCACUUCGAAGAGACAGGCACAAUCUAGCAGGAGGGCAAGAUCGAGUUCAGCAAAGUCGGUUGAUUAUGAAGCUGAGGAGCGGGUCGAGAAGUUGAGGCACCAAAACUUAUUGCUUGAACGACAAGUGGCUCAGAUGAAGUUGGGAAAGGGAGCCGAAGUUAAAACCACCAAUACGUUUUCGGUGUGUACUGAGUGUGGAGAGUUAGGGCAUCAAGUUGGAGAAUGUGUUGUACUGGGUGGUCAGACUGAUGAAGUGAAUCAAAUCUAUGGUGAACGAAAGCAAUAUGAGAUGAAAUCGAAUACAUAUCAUCCAGGUUUGCGAAACCACCCCAAUUUUAAUUACGGUAAUUUUGCUAAUCAAAUGAACCCUAAUUUUCAGGUACCUAUGCAAGGAGGCCAGCAGUAUCAGAGUCGUCAAGGUAAUUACUCGCAAGGUAAUUACCAAAAUCAGGGCCCAUAUAAUCCGGGUACUCAGCAAGGGAACUCCUCAAGUGCUAGUGGUGGAACGAGUGAUGACAAAUUGGAUGCUAUUAUGAAGUUCAUGAAGGACGUCCAGAAAGAGAAUGAAGUUCGGGACAAAACGUCUGAAGCAAUGCAGAAGCAGUUGGGGCAGCUAGCAGAAGAUCUAGCUCAACUGGGAAGAGAUCCAGUGUCAAAAAUUACUCCACCAUCACAAUUAGUUGAGGAGGUGAUGGAGGAUGUUGGUAAUAGAUCGGACUCUCAACAUGAUCGGGACCCACCAAGGGAUGAAAGGUGGGAAAGCUUUAAACAAGCUAAAAUUAAUCUACCCUUACUCGAUGCGAUUAAAGAGAAUCCUGAUCAGGUUGAGUGUUUGAAAGAGUUAAGUACCCAAAAACGGCUUCACAAGUUUCCUAAAAAACUUGAUUUGACUGCAAAUGUGAAUGCCGUUUUGUUGGGUACCCUUCCCCCAAAACUCCAAGAUCCAGGAGCACCCAUUAUUUCAGUGCAAGUGGGUGAAUUUAAAAUAGACAGGGCACUGUUGGAUCUUGGAGCGUGUGUUAGUAUCUUACCAGGGAGUCUGUAUGACCAAUAUGAUUUUGGUCCGCUACAAAAGGUCAACACCAUCGUGGUGUUGGCUGAUCAAACUCCCAUGUGUCCGAGGGGGAUCGUAAGGGAUGUAAUUGUGAAGGUAGAAGAUUGUUACUACCCAGUUGACUUCUUAGUGCUUGAUUGUGCUACAAGUUCAAAGAACACGCAACCUCCAGUCAUUCUGGGUAGACCGUUCUUAGCGACUGCUCAUGCAAUUAUAAACUGCGUUGAUGGAACGGUAAGUAUGAAGUUUGGUGACCGCGAAUUGCUGUUAAAUGUGUUUUCAAAUGCUACUGAUCCUCUUGUUACAUGUGAAUACUCAAAAGCUAAAAGUGGUGAUGAAAAUGUCUCUCCUGCAAAGGAGAUUCAAACCAAACAGGAGUGUUUUAUGAUUGACAGGUUUGAAGUGGCAGGAAGCAAAGCGGUGAGGAAAAAGUAA